CGCCCCUCCGCCUCGUGCGAUAGGGCCCAAGGGCGGGCGGGGCUGAGGCGCCGGUCUCCGGAGGCAUCGCGAGAGAGGCCGGGGCGCCGGGCCGCGCGUGGGUGCGGGCGGGGCCCUGGAGGAGGCCACGCCCCGGGCCGGGAGCGGCGGGACGCCCCCUGGGGGAGUGCGGGACUGAGGCCGGCGCUGGCGGUUACCGACACCGACUGGCGCAGUGACGCGGAGGCGUCCGGCCUCUCCGCGGAAGGCAACCUGUAAACGUGUGUUGUGAGCCUCCCAGAGUCAUCCCGGCGGCGAGGUGCGGAGGCGGCGACAGCCUCCGGCUGCGGACGCUCUCCCGCGGCUGGGCCGAAGAAGGCCGGAGGGAGGGAACGGGAGCGUGACGGCUGGACGCUGUCCCCUUGGCUGGCAGGUGCGCGGUUGGCGCCUGGGAAGCGACGCGCGUGCCGGCCCGGGGAGAGAGCGCAGCCACCUGGACGGAUGGCGCUCGCCUUCGCCCGUGGAAGGCGGGGAGGGAAGAGCAAGCCCGGCGUGGACCCCGCCUGUUUCUUUCCUAGUUAGACGCGGUCCUUGGAGAAGAUGGAAGGGGAGAGGCGGCCGGCGCUGGUCCCGCCCUCCGAGGGCCUGUUUGCAGACGGGCAUCUGCUCCUGUGGACGCUGUGCUCGGUGCUGCUGCCGGUGUUCAUCACCUUAUGGUGUAGCCUCCAGCGGUCGCGCCGGCAGCUGCACCGCAGGGACAUCUUUCGCAAGAGCAAGCACCGGUGGCAUGACACGGACCUGUUCAGCCAGCCCACCUACUGCUGCGUGUGUGCGCAGCACAUUCUGCAGGGCGCCUUCUGCGACUGCUGUGGGCUACGCGUGGACGAGGGCUGCCUCAAGAAGGCCGACAAGCGCUUCCAGUGCAAAGAGAUAAUGCUCAAGAAUGACAGCAAGGCCCUGGACGCCAUGCCCCAUCACUGGAUCCGCGGCAACGUGCCCCUGUGCAGUUACUGUGUGGUUUGCAAGCAGCACUGCGGUAAUCAGCCUAAGCUCUGCGAUUACAGGUGUAUUUGGUGCCAGAAAACAGUACAUGAUGAGUGCAUGAAAAGUAGCUUAAAGAAUGAAAAGUGUGAUUUUGGAGAAUUCAAAAACCUCAUCAUUCCACCCAGUUAUUUAAGCGCCAUUAAUCAGAUGCGUAAAGACAAAAAAACAGAUUAUGAAAUGCUCGCCUCCAAGCUCGGAAAGCAGUGGACCCCAUUAAUAAUCCUGGCCAACUCUCGUAGUGGAACUAAUAUGGGAGAAGGACUGCUGGGAGAAUUUAGGAUCUUACUGAAUCCAGUCCAGGUUUUUGAUGUAACUAAAACUCCUCCUAUCAAAGCCCUCCAACUUUGUACUCUUCUUCCCUAUUAUUCAGCUCGAGUACUUGUUUGUGGAGGGGAUGGGACUGUGGGCUGGGUCCUGGAUGCAGUGGAUGAAAUGAAGAUUAAGGGACAAGAAAAGUACAUUCCACAAGUUGCAGUCUUGCCUCUGGGAACAGGCAAUGAUCUGUCCAAUACAUUGGGUUGGGGUACAGGUUAUGCUGGAGAAAUCCCAGUCGCACAGGUCUUAAGAAAUGUAAUGGAAGCAGAUGGCAUUAAACUAGAUCGAUGGAAAGUUCAAAUAACAAAUAAAGGAUACUACAACUUAAGAAAACCCAAGGUAUUUACAAUGAACAACUAUUUUUCUGUUGGACCUGAUGCUCUCAUGGCUCUCAAUUUUCAUGCUCAUCGUGAGAAGGCACCGUCUCUGUUUUCUAGCAGAAUUCUUAAUAAGGCUGUUUACUUAUUCUAUGGAACCAAAGAUUGUUUAGUGCAAGAAUGUAAAGAUUUGAAUAAAAAAGUUGAGCUAGAACUGGAUGGUGAGCAGGUAGCAUUGCCUAAUUUGGAAGGUAUUAUAGUCCUGAACAUCGGCUACUGGGGCGGUGGCUGCAGACUCUGGGAAGGGAUGGGGGACGAGACUUACCCUCUAGCCAGACAUGACGAUGGUUUACUGGAAGUUGUUGGAGUAUAUGGGUCUUUCCACUGUGCUCAGAUUCAAGUGAAAUUGGCAAAUCCUUUUCGAAUAGGACAGGCACAUACUGUGCGGCUGAUUUUGAAGUGUUCGAUGAUGCCAAUGCAGGUAGAUGGGGAACCCUGGGCCCAAGGGCCCUGUGUUGUCACCAUAACUCACAAGACACGCGCAUCAAUGUUAUAUUUCUCUGGAGAACAAACCGAUGACGACAUCUCUAGUACUUCGGAUCAAGAGGACAUAAAGGAGACUGAGUAGACGGACGAGGACAUGAAAAUUUAGCACAGAUUCCUCACAAACAAGUAGAUACAUCCAAAAGUAGAUUCUCUAGCAGCUGUUAAGUCUGAAGUCACUAGUAGUGUAAUGGGUAUGUGUUUAUGUAACUAGCAUCCCCAGACAACCUCCAGUUACUUACAAAUACUUCGGGUUUUUUUUUUUUAUUUUUUUUAGAGAAAUACUUGAUCAUAUAUAUUAGCUUUUAAAAAGUCACAAAAAGUUACACUAAAGUGAAAUGUAUUUUAUGGCUGCAUGUUUUGAGAAUGGAACUCACGCUGAAGUAUGUGGAUGCACUGCACCAUUCCUUAUUGAACCACUUAGUUGAUGGGCACAUUACUUAUACUACCAACAAGAUGGAGGUGGAAAGAUGAUUUCUGGCUUACUUUUUAACAUAGUGACACCAUGGAUUUUACAAAUUAACUUGCUUUUUUGGAAGGAAAUGAUUAGUGUCAAGCCAGCAUGGUUAAUUCUGGGCACCUCCUGCAGCAUGCCUCAAGAUUUCCUGCAGCCCAGUCUAUGUAUGUAUUGACAAUACUUAAAAUUUUUAUUAUAAUUUUUAUUUUAUGACCGCUUAAUGUUGUUUGAUGAACCCUGUUCAUGACCAUGUUGAGCUGAAAUUGAGGAUCCUUUUUAUAACCCUAUCAUAGCCAAAAGAAAGCCAGAUAAAUGAAUUGGUAAAAAAUAAAAUUGAGAGCACUUUGGAUUAAAAGUUACAAGUUGGCUAGUUCAUCAACUUCUCUUUUGAUUAAAAGACAAUGUCAACAAUAUUUUCUCUCUCUUUUUUUUUUUCUUUUGAGACAGAGUUUCACUCUUGCCCCGAGUGCUAUGGCAUCAUAGCUCACAGCGGCCUCAAACUCUUGGGCUCAAGUGAUCCUCUUGCCUCAGCCUCCCAUGCAGCUGGAAUUAUGCCUGUAGAGACAGGUCUCACUCUUACUCAGGCUGCUCUCGAACUCCUGAGCUCAAGCAGUCCACAGACUUGGGCCUCCAAGAGUGCUAGGAUUACAGGCAUGAGCCACUGCGCCAAGCUAACAAUUUUUUUUAAUACUUAAAAGAAACUUUGUCAGAUUAAUUGCUCAAAAAAAAAACAAGACUGACAAAUUUUUAAAAUUCAAUGGUCUUGUAGUGUUUUAAAAUACUGUAGUCUUUUAUAUCCAAAGUACUUAACAGAAUUUCCCAUUGGGGAGGGGAGUGGAUAGAAACCUCUGCUAAAUGUUUAUAUCAUAUUUAUUUGACAAUGAGAGAGAUAUAUAUUUUUAGCUUAUUUAUUAUUUACCUCGUGGUAUGAUACCUGUGUUUAGUGUUUAUAUUAUAUAAUUGUAUUUAAUAAGUUAAAUUGACAAUGUAAAUUCUGCUAGUCACAAUCAGAAAUUUAGCCUGUUGACUAAGUAAUUUAAAUCCUAAUUGAGUUCUCCAGAUAGUUAUAUUAUCCAGGUAUUCUUAUUCCCUAGAAGUACUCACCAGUGUUUAAAAAAAAAAGGAGGAGGGCAGGAAAAGCACUGGGAAACUACUUUUGGAUAACUGAAAGACUUGUUUCAUUGUUUUAUUUGUCCCUCAAUUACCAGAAACUCUUUGACAGGCUAGGUUCACAGUUACCCAUUAGAGGGUGCUCUGCUGCCAUUGUUGACAGGCCACCCCUAACGUCCUACAAUUAGGCAGACCCAGUGGGCACCCAGCCUAGUGUUUGUCUGACACAUGGCCCAUAAGCAGGCCUGGUGGUCUUUCUAACAUUAUCUCUGAAAGCUUAGAAGGUAUCCCCGGAAACACCAUUAGCUCCAUUUAAGGGUCUGUUGUGAAUCUGUCAUCCACAAGUUGCCAUAAACUUAAAUGCAUCAUCUCAGGCCUAGGCUGUAUUUCAAAGGAGCAACUUAGUAAUGUAUACAAUAACUAGUACGUUAUAUAAAAUACUUUUGUCUUGCUAAAUUAACCUCUUCCAGAUCUCCAUGGGUGGUCCUAAAUCCUAGUAUUGAAAGAGUCCAUGAGCAGGUCUGUUUUUAGCUUAUUUAUAUACAUUUCACAAUACCCAUGGCAGUGAUAGGAAAGUUUUACAGAUUUUCUUUUCUGGGUUGAUCAUGUUCUCAGUAUAAUUAAGUUUAUCCUUUAAUUCAUGAUCAAAAUUGUAGUAGAAGCAAAGCAAAUAGUUAACAUAAGCUAUAGGAAUUAAAAUAAUCAAAAUAAUAACUGCAUAGUUUUUUAAAUUACUAAAACUAACCAUAAUAUUACAUUAUAAUUAUAACAGACUGUGUACAAUGCCCUCCUGUAUUUAAACAGACUGAUUUUUCAAUGAUCAUAAUCCAGUGAGGUUUUGUCUUUACUGACCCUACAUGUUUCCUGCUCCCUGCUCCCUUAUUCACUCAUUCAGACUUAAUUUUUAAGCUAUUUCACAAUACCAUAUCAUAAAAGAUACUGUCUUGUUUUAGCAAAAUUCACUUUUUUAGGCACAUUUACCCAGCAUUUCAAAUAAAAAUAUAGGCAUGUGCCUUGUUUAAAUAAAUACAGUUUAUAAGACUUCAUGUUUGUAAAUAUAUUAGGGUAAUAAUUGUUAAGUUACCAGGAAUUCUAUACUUUACAUAAUAGAUUUCCCAUAAGAUUUUCCUGUACCAUUUAAAAUCAUCUUGAUAUUUAAAAAGGAACUUCUACAUUCUCAGGAAGACAUACAUGAAGUAAGUCCUAUCUCCAUAUCUGUUUUCAGGUUUCUCUCAUCUUUUACUGUCCUAAUACAUUCCUAACUCCUUGUAAACUUAGUGGCUUAAAUACUGAAUACCUGACAGCUUUUAUAGAUCCUUUAGGCAGGCAAAGAUAAUCUUCAAUACUUUGUUAUGUUUAAUAGAAACCAAACUGACCUGUGUUUUAAAAUGCAAGCUGUCUAAUAGUAAGAUUACAUGAUUUAUACAUGUUUUAGGUUUUCUGCAACAAUUAGCCAGUGAACCCCUACUGUAGCUCAUGUUUAUAAAAAUUUUAUAGUCAGAAUUAUUUAUUUUUAUUUUUUUAGGGUGUUCAAAACGUGUAGUAUUUGCUUUUUUAAAUACAUUUGCCUUCUUAAGAGUUAUAAAAAUAUACUGUGACUAGAAAAUUGUGAAGUCCUUUUUGCGCUGUAAAAAUGAAUACUACCAGCAUGUCAAAGGAAAAUAAUUUGCAUUUGUAAUAUAAAGUAAAAUUGUAUUUAGUGUAUAUUAUUGAAUUUUAAAUUUGCACUAACUCGAGAACUUUAAAGGUUUAUAUUAAUUUAAAGAUUAAUGUGGUACUGAAAACAUAAUUUAUUUGGCCAAAAAGGUCAACAGAAUGGGUGAUAAUUUUGUGUGGUUUUCCUUCAACAUAGUAAUAUUGAAGCAAGAACCAGCACUUAUAUUCAAAAAAAUAUUUUUUAAUUGUACUCAAUUUAGAACAGUGGAAUGUAAGUAGAACUAGAAAAAAAUCUAGAAAUUUCAAAAUCAAAAAUAUUGUUAUUAAUACUAAUAAGAAUGAAGGUACAUUCUCAGCAACAAGACAGAUAAGGUGGUUUUGGUUUCACUUUUAAAGAGUAUUCCUGUCUUUUCUCAAAUUUUCACAUUAAGGCCUGACUCUCAUUUCUCAAAGUAUCUGCGGCAUCAGAACUACUUAGGCAAGUUAUUGAUAAUAUCAAUUCCUGGACCCAGCCCUUGACUUAAUAAAUCAAUGGCUGUGAAAGUAGGACGUAAAAAUCUGUUUUUAUUAACAAGCACCUCAGAUGAUUCUCAUGCAUACUGAAAUGUGAAAGCUGCCAGUCUGUACCUCACGUGUUCCCCCAGGGCUUUUGCCAGAUGGAUACUAUGCACAAAAAUUAAUUGUAUAUUCUUAAAAUUAUUUUUCUUUCACUCCAGUAACUUUCCUCUUCCCCCCAAAAAUAAUUAUUCUAAAUUAAGAUGGAAAAACUUGUACAUAUCCUACCUAAAUUGAUAUAUUUGUCUGAAUUCUAGUAUGUAAAAAUUGGCACGAUUUGUAUGUGGAAUCAUAGUUUUUGGACGACUGUGAUCCAUGAGGUCUUAGAGAGCAAGGAGUUCUCUUGCUUUAGGAGCUAGUGUAGUAACCCCAGGAGCAAUGAGCAGCGAGGCUCCUUCCAGUGCAGUCCGCGCAGCCCCACUUCUGUGUACUGGGUGCUGCUUAAGGUCUUGGUAGAUAGAAUACUUCCACUAGUUAAAAAUGAUUCUACUUUUUUUUUUUUUUUAAGGGUUCAGAAGCCACUACUAUAAUGGACUAUCACGUGGUUAAGUUUCUACUGAUUUUUGCAUAUUGAGAAACCUCUUUUUUUUUUUUUUUUUGUGGAAAGAAUAUUUUGGAGGUUUUUGUUACUGCUUUGAAUGUGGCCACUUGGCAGUUUCGCAGUUAAGGGCAUUUUUAUUGAAGAGUAAAGCACUGAACUUGUGUUUCUGACUUUGGUAUAUUGAUAAACUAUAUUUAAUUUUAGAUAUGUAAAUACACGUACACACACACAUAUAUACCCACGUGGUCCUGAUUGUGUAGUCAGUGCAUGAGGCUUGCAGGUCCCAAAACAGUACAUUCCACAAUUUCAGGGAAAGAUGAGAAAAAUGUCACCCUGUAAUGCAGAUGUUUAUAAAAUUCAAAAGAUUGCAUUUAGCCAUCGGCAAGAAUGUCUGCAGAAAAUAAGCCACCUAGAAACUGUAAAUACAGUAAACUUCCAUGCUGACCACCUCCUUAAGGGGACCUAAUUUUCAUUGAUGGGUCAUGCACCACAUGUACGUAUCAGUACAGGAGGCCUAGUUCCUUAUGUCGCCCACCUCUGUAUGUUUGUUAACAGUCCUUUGGGCAGUCAACUUACAGUACAAGUGUAUGGCCGAUGGUAGACCCAGAACACUUAUCAGUCUCCAUAAGGAUGUCUUGGGCUACCUCACCAUUAAGGAAAGGCAUCAACACAGAAGCCUCUAAAAAGGAGAAAAACUAUAAUCUAGGAAAUGUCCAUGGCAUGAUACUUUCGGGUGACUGACAUGACUUGAAAAGCUGGGAAGGUGGGCAGUUUUCCUUGUUCAACUAACAAUUUCCAGGCAAAAGGGCAUCCUGCUGCAUGAGUACAUUGGGCUGUCUGAAAAAAACACCGUGGCAGGGUGCUUGGUGCAGCUGACUGGUGGCGGCUCAUAGAGGCAUUUGUUCUCAUUUCUCUAGACUGGGCUCUGCCGGCAGUCUUUCAGAUUUGGUCUGAACCCUACAGAUGAAUUGGCACUCUUUUGUAUCUCUGUGUAUAGAGCCUAGCCUGAGUCCUGGCCCCAGUCACUCUUCCAGGUGAACUGACUGCACUGGACCCCUUAACCCAUGGUGGUGAGGACGUGUGUAUUGACUCCUUCUGGGCAGCCCGCCGGCCACUUGCACUUUCUUCCCCUCUCUGACCACAGGACUAUGCACCUCCCACGUCAUCACCCUGUGUUCUUUGCCCUUGUCGUGUUGGGUUUGUGUUGUUGUGGUCGGUACCUAUGGAUAGAGAUGUGAAUUAAAGCAUUUGAUAUGUUGAAGAUGUUUGCUUGUUUUUUAAUAAAACUGAAA